CCACGAGCUCGCUGGCAGUAGAACGCGAACUGUGGCCACGACAACGAAACGGGUCUUGAGGCUGACACUUUUUUCCCACACUAAAAAUCGUAAAAAAAAAGGUUGUUUCAUGUUGUAUUAAAAUCUUUUAUUAGUUUGGUUCUUUAAGUGAUUAAAAUGUCUAGGACGUGUUGAAUUUAACUGAAAGUGCACCAAUAACAUUUGUUCCAUCCGACAGAAAAUCAAUCCAAGUCUUUGUGUCGCUUUUAAAACCCACUCUGCAGAAGUGACAAAAUGGAGACGGAAUCCCUGAAUCGCAAGAAUUCCUCCCGGAAGAGUUCCAUUGUGAAUGGAAACGGAGAUGCCAGCGCCAAACUGACCAACGGAGAUGCAGAUGGCGGUGAUGGAGGCGGAGGUGGCGAGGUGACGCUAAAGGCGAAGAUGAGCCUCCUCAAUGGAUGCACCGUCAUCGUGGGUUCUAUUAUUGGAUCCGGCAUCUUUGUCUCGCCCACCGGCGUGCUGAUGUACACGGGCAGUGUUAACUUGGCCCUCAUCGUUUGGGUCGUUUCCGGACUCUUCUCAAUGGUCGGGGCCUAUUGCUAUGCCGAGUUGGGAACAAUGAUCACCAAGUCUGGUGCCGACUAUGCGUACAUCAUGGAGACUUUUGGACCCUUCAUGGCCUUCAUCCGACUCUGGAUCGAGUGCAUGAUCGUGAGACCCUGCUCCCAGGCCAUCGUGGCCCUUACCUUCAGUACCUACGUCCUGAAACCCUUCUUUCCGGACUGUACUCCACCGGAAGACGCAGCCCGCCUUCUGGCCGUUUGCUGUAUACUGGUGCUAACCCUAAUCAACUGCUGGGACGUUAAAUGGGCCACCGCUGUGCAGGAUAUCUUCACAUAUGCCAAACUUUUGGCCCUGUUUAUCAUCAUUGCCACUGGCAUAUACCAACUGUAUCUGGGCAAUGUCCAAUACUUUACGUUCGAGAACACAGAUACCAAAGUCACAUCCCUGGCGCUGUCCUUCUACUCGGGUCUCUUUGCCUACAACGGAUGGAAUUACUUGAACUUUAUUAUUGAGGAGCUGAAGGAUCCCGUCAAGAAUCUGCCCCGUGCCAUUGCCAUCAGUUGCACCCUGGUCACCAUUGUCUACGUUAUGGCGAAUGUCUCCUUCUACACGAUUUUGUCGCCGGAUGAGGUCCUUGGCUCCUCGGCUGUGGCUGUUACCUAUGCGGAGCGAGCCUUUGGAAUGCUGGCCUGGACCAUACCAGUUUUCGUGGCCUUGUCUACCUUUGGAGCUGUAAAUGGCAUCUUGCUGACUUCCUCGCGUCUCUUCUACGCUGGAGCCAAUGAAGGUCAAAUGCCCGAGAUUCUUACCAUGAUCCAGAUACAACGAUUCACUCCCACUCCCGCUGUCUUGGCCAUGGCCCUGCUCUCCAUGUUGUACCUGACCGUGUCCGAUAUUUUUGCUCUCAUAAACUAUGUUGGCUUUGCCACUUGGCUGAGCAUUGGAGUGGCUGUCCUGUGCCUGCCCUGGCUGCGCUGGGCCCAGCCCAACCUGCCGCGUCCUAUCCGGGUGCCCAUGGUGUUCCCCAUUGUCUACUUGAUCGCCACCAUGUUCGUGACCGUAGUGCCAAUGUAUGCCAGUCCCGUGGAGACUGGCUAUGGCAUCCUGAUGAUUCUGUCCAGCAUACCCGUCUAUCUGCUGUUCAUCGCCUGGAAGAAUAAGCCCAUCUGGUUCCAGAAAACCAUGGUAAGCCUGACACACUUCCUACAAAAAAUGCUCAUGGUACUCGGAAAGCAGUCGAAACCAGCUCAGGUGUAAAACGAAUGGAGAUUUAGAUUUCAGGAUAGCCAACAGCAGAGGAAAGCAUUUAUAAGCCCACAUUUAAUUGCAUGAUGCAUAUUAUUUAGACAGAGUAAAACGCUUUUGUGUAGCCAGCCAAUGAUAUACAUGAAACACACGAAAUACGAAGUAAACUACAUAUAUUUUUAUACAACUAUGUAUGGCUUAAGUUGGAACCAGGCCCAGUGUCCAGACCACACUGAAGCUCAAUUAGCCACCAGCUCUGGACCCGGACUAAUAGCAAAGACUGUCACAAGAGGGAAAAACUACAAGGAAUCGACCUGUCCAGAGCUGAACGUUAAUUUGAAUUUGAAUUUUGAAUCAUUUUUAUCGAGCUGUGCAAGCAGAAGGAGUCUUUUACAAAAUUCUCAACAAAAAAAAACUGUUAAACUUUAAUGAUAAAUUACUUUAAAAAAUCGAAAGCAUUUCACACAUUUCCGCAUUUUAGAAACCUGCUCUAGGCGCAGCUUUGGACUAAAAUUAUAAAUAUAAAUAAGGAUUUAAGCAUACCCAAGAGAAGGGACAACACAGCUAGAGUUCACAACUAGAGUUUAUGAAUAUUUUAAUUCACAUCUGAUUUCUUCAUUUUAUUAAGUGUAGAUUAAGUGGCACAGAGAUUUUCUUCAUUUGGUGUAAGUUAAAAGCUAAUUUAGGUUACUCAGUUUGAGGUUUCAUUUGUGCAUCAUAGACAGUCCAUCCUGCAACAACUGCCACGAGUACAAAUCCUGGUUGAAUCUUGAAGCUACCUUAUGGCCUCCGAUACCCACAGACCAUCGCCCAAUCCACAUAUCCGACAAGAGAAACGCUUUAAAGUUGUUGAACGAGAACAGGAACAUUGCCAACAUACAUAUUAAUACGAAUGAAUAUUGAAAAUAACACUAAAUGGAAAUUGUUGUCUAAUUAACCAUUUGACCUAGAAUUGAUUUCAACAUUGAUUAGUUGUUGUUGCUUUGAGUGUUUUGGCAUUAACGGAGCAACUAGCUCCAGAUGUUAUUCGUAUAAAAAUAUUAUUGCCUAUUUAGCAUUCAACUAACAUAUUUAACUGUUACACAUUAUAUGGAGCCGCAGCUGGGGAAUCGUUUAACUACUAUGAAACAUAUUGUUGACAAUAAUAUUGUAUUUAUAUAUAAAUGUAUAUUAUAUUAUAUUAUAUGUAUACCCUUACGAAACCUCUGUCUUUCUGAAAAUAAGAACGAUUAAGUAAACA